GUUUAUUUGCUUUUCGGUUAUUUUAAAUUUUUUGGAUCCAAUUACUCUCAAUCCAAACCAAUCCUAAAAUCCAAAUUCACAAAACAACUCAAUCCAAAUCCAAUCAAAACAUAAUCUAAUCCAAAUUUCAUUUGUUAUUCCAAUAAUUUUCACCCCUAAUUACAAUCUCAAACAAAUAGUGGUGUCAAAAUCGGGUCACAAGUCGGUCAUCUUGUUCGGAUAAUUGAAUCAGUUUUACGGAUCCAAGGUAAAGCGGAGGAGAGAGAGAGGUGAGUCAAAAGGAUAUGGGGAAAGAGCAGGAAGAGACGCCACAAACUCAAAGUCACGCUGCUCCCAUUACAAAUUCCCAAUUUCUUUCAUGGAAACGUCAGAAGGAGGCUGAUGCAUCAGCUAGGAGAGCUGAAGUUGCUAGGAAGCGCGAAGAAGACUUAAGAGCCGGGGUUGUGCAAAUGAAUGGUCGAGAGCUUUUCUUGAACGAACCUUGGGUAUUUGAUAACAACCUUUAUUGAUUGUUUCUGUUAUCUCCCUUCAAUUUGCCUAUGUAAAGAGUCAAUAUAUGUAAUUUCUAAUUCUGAGAAGCUUUUUAUCUGUUAGAUUAAUGAUUCCUUUUCAGAUUAAACCUGCUUCUGAGAAAUUUGCUUUAUAGUCGUAUAUUUCUCAAUUUCAUACUUGCAACAUACUACUUUUGACAUCAAGUUCUCUGUAUUUCUCGAUUUCUUUCAUCACAUAGUCCUAUAUUUCUUU